CUUGGAGUAACACGUCAUUCUAGUAAAGUGCAGGAGCCGGCUGAUAGGGAGCGAUCCCCUCACCGUCGUCUUUCUGUCCCGUACAUCCGUCUGCCUCUACCUCCAAAUGCUGUAAUAUCUUUUGAGCACAGCAGACUACUUCGCUCUUGUUUAGACCCGAGGCCAACCUGAUACACAAGCUCGGUGAUGGCGACCUACCAGGAGUUCAUCCAACAGAACGAGGACAGGGAUGGGGUGAGAUUCAGCUGGAACCUCUGGCCCUUCAGCCGCCUGGAAGCCACCAGGCUAGUGGUCCCGGUCUCCUGCCUCUUCACACCACUCAAGGAGAGGCCUGACUUGCCACCGGUCCAGUACGAACCAGUUCUCUGCAGCCGCGCCAACUGCAAGGCAGUGCUCAACCCACUAUGUCAAGUUGACUUCAGAGCAAAAAUAUGGGCAUGCAACUUCUGCUUUCAGAGAAACCCGUUCCCUCCUUCCUAUGCAGGCAUAUCAGAAGUGAACCAGCCAGCUGAACUCAUGCCACAGUUUUCUACCAUUGAGUACAUAGUACAGCGUGGACCCCCGGCCCCUCUCAUCUUCCUGUAUGUGGUGGACACAUGUUUGGAAGAAGAGGACCUCCAGGCCCUCAAGGAGUCCCUGCAGAUGUCCCUCAGCCUGCUGCCACCCAACGCUCUGGUGGGCCUCAUCACGUUCGGACGCAUGGUUCAGGUGCACGAGCUCAGCUGUGAGGGCAUCGCCAAGAGCUACGUGUUCAGGGGCACCAAGGACCUCUCCUCCAAACAGAUCCAGGAGAUGCUGGGUUUAAUGAAGCCAGGAGCAACAGGACAACAGGGUCGCCCAGCGGCACCUCAGGAGGCUGGAGCUUUCUGCAGGUUCCUUCAGCCGGUGCACAAAGUCGAUAUGAAUCUGACUGAUUUGCUCGGUGAGCUGCAGAGAGACCCGUGGCCUGUCCCUCAGGGCAAACGGCCCCUCCGCUCCACUGGUGUUGCUCUGUCCGUCGCUGUCGGUCUGCUGGAGGGUACAUUCCCCAACACAGGGGCUCGUGUGAUGCUGUUCAUCGGAGGGCCCCCAACCCAGGGCCCAGGCAUGGUGGUGGGAGACGAGCUGAAAACCCCCAUCCGUUCCUGGCACGACAUCCAGAAAGACAACGCUCGCCAUUUGAAGAAAGCAACCAAGUACUAUGAAGCCAUGGCCAACCGCUCAGCUGUAAAUGGCCACUGUAUUGAUAUCUACGCCUGUGCCCUGGACCAGACGGGACUGCUGGAGAUGAAGUGCUUAUCUAAUCUCACUGGGGGGCACAUUGUGAUGGGAGACUCCUUCAACACCUCCCUGUUCAAGCAGACCUUCCAGAGAGUCUUUAGCAAAGACUACAAUGGAGACUUCCGCAUGGCCUUCGGAGGCGUCCUGGAGGUCAAGACAUCAAGGGAAGUGAAGGUUUGCGGGACCAUUGGACCGUGUGUUUCACUCAACUCCAAGGGCUCCUGUGUGUCAGAAAAUGAGAUGGGUAUCGGUGGCACGAGCCAGUGGAAAAUCUGCGGCCUCAACCCCUCCACCACUUUGGGCGUUUAUUUUGAAGUGGUGAAUCAGCACAAUGCACCAGUCCCCCAGGGUGGCCGAGGGGCGAUCCAGUUCGUAACCCAGUACCAGCACUCCAGCACACAGAGGAGGAUACGGGUCACUACCGUCGCCAGGAACUGGGCAGAUGCACAGUCCCAAAUCCAGCACAUCGAGUCAUCAUUCGACCAGGAAGCCGCUGCCGUGCUCAUGGCUCGCCUAGGUGUCUUCAGAGCCGAGUCGGAGGAGGGGCCGGACGUGCUCCGUUGGCUCGACAGGCAGCUCAUCCGCCUGUGUCAGAAGUUCGGCCAGUUCAACAAAGACGAUCCAACAUCCUUCAAGCUGUCGGAGUCUCUUUCUCUUUACCCACAGUUUAUGUUCCACCUGAGGCGGUCGCCCUUCCUGCAGGUGUUCAACAACAGCCCCGAUGAGUCGUCUUAUUACAGGCACCACUUUGUCAGGCAGGACCUGACCCAGUCCCUGAUCAUGAUCCAGCCCAUCCUCUACUCCUACUCCUUCCAUGGACCACCAGAGCCUGUGCUCCUGGACAGCAGCAGCAUCCUGCCAGAUCGAAUCCUGCUGAUGGACACUUUCUUCCAGCUGGUUAUCUACCACGGAGAGACCAUAGCGCAGUGGCGAAAGGCCGGCUACCAGGAAAUGGCAGAGUACGAGAACUUCAAACAGCUGCUGCAGGCUCCGCUGGACGACGCCCAGGAGAUCCUACAGACGCGCUUCCCUAUGCCGCGCUACAUCGACACAGAGCACGGAGGCUCGCAGGCUCGCUUCCUGCUCUCGAAGGUCAACCCAUCACAGACCCACAACAACCUCUACGCCUGGGGACAGGAGACAGGAGCACCGAUCCUCACUGACGACGUCAGCCUGCAAGUCUUCAUGGACCACUUGAAGAAGCUGGCAGUUUCCAGCUCCUCGUAGAAGGAGUGAUCCGACAUUCCCUCUCCGACAUAGGGAUCCAUUAACAUUUCCCCUGUUUUUGUAAAGGAGACAGAGUCUACUGUAUGUGCUUGCUUGAUUGUGUCCUUUGUUGAGUCUUACGUGACAUAUCCAUGCUACAACAUGAACAGAACAAGGGAGCACAUUCCCAAUGAGAAAACAUUUCUACUCAUUGUCAUUAACUUGUUAUUUAUAAGAAGCGGCUCCAGACUGUCCUGAUGUAAGCAAUAUCAAACCCUCUAUUCCUCUUUUAUAUUACCUCUGAAGAAUGAUUAGACUAAUAAUGAUUAUUUUUUGUUUGUUUUCUUUUUGUGUUUGUCCGAAAAAUGUGUGUCCGCUGCAUCAGACUUGGUUGAAGGCGCUUGUUUAAUAGGAUGCUUAUACGUGUUUGUGUAUAGCUGAAGAUGCCUAGAGUUUUCUCAUUAAUAAAUUAUAAUGGUAUCUCUAAGAAAUGUUCAACGGGCUCAUCGGGCUUCACACUGAUGGCAUGUUAAUCACAGUUUAUUUGAAAUUUAAAAUCCUACAUGGAUUAUACCUUUUUAAGUGUUUUCCAAGAAAAUUCCCUCUGAAUAAUGAGGAUUAAUGUUCCGAGGAAUUGGAGUCGAUCGCAUCAACUCAGCUGAGACUGACUGUGUUUCAAUGACGAACAUUUCGAUUUAUUUUUAACUUAGUAUGGGCACUCUAUGGUUCAUCUCGCCUUCAUCACCAUCUGGUAUUUUGCACCCGAUGAUUGCCCAAGUGUCUUUGUAAUCAAACUUUAAUAUACUGUAAGACUGUAUAAAAGGGACAGUUGUUUGAUUUAGAUCCUGUCUGGAGUCUUAAUACUAUCCAUAUAAAGCCCUGUUGGCAGGAAA